UGCUCACAUGUCUUCUCAAUAUAUAUAUAUAUAUAUAUAUACUCACAUGGGAUGAGAGUAAACAUAUAAAUCUGCCAUAUAACAAAACCCUCUGUCAUGAAACCCACAAUACAAACACAUUUACCACUAAUAUCCAUCCCAUGAAAGUAACCCAACUCCCACCUAACCCUAAGCAAACCCAAUGGGCCCAACUCCCCCUCUCUCAUUCAAUAUCCCCCCAAAAAAAAAAACCCUAAUCCAACCAACCAAACACACUUCAUGAGAUGAGAAAAUAUACCUUUCUUCCCCAAAUAAUUAUAGCUCAUGGACAACAACUUCAAAUCCUAAAAGCAAAACUACCAAGUUUCCAACCUUCUACCGUGGACCUUCACAUUUCCACACAAUCAUCUUUCACCUUCUUUAUUAUUAAUACCUUCCCAUGUACCCACCUCCUCUUCUGCUGCCAUUUCCUCAUUUCAACUCAUUCAUGGAGCUCAGAAAGAAGACAAGAUCAGCCUCCAGCACCAGCUUCCGGGAAUUUGAUGAGUUGGCCAUGGUGAAAGCUGCUGCAUGGGCAUGGUUCCAACGCGGUUCUGGGUCUGAAGGAAAACCCACGACUCAACUUCACAUCCAAAGAACUCAACGGCAACAGCACAGGCCCUCAAGGUAUAAGCUCGAAGCCAUGAGUAAUAAUAAAAUCGCCAUGAAUGCAUCAUCACCACCGUCGUCGUCGUCGUCAUCGGAAACACCUAGUCCUAGUCCUGUUCAUGCCGACGAUAACUCUCUGCUUGACUCGUACGAAAUUCAAUGCAUCUCCAGGCAACUACACAGUUUUAUAUCGGACUCCGCCGGUGGCACAUCCAGUUUUCACCGCGGUGAAAACGGCCGGUAUAGAAGCGAUCGGGGUGGUAAUGGAAAGAAGAUGAGUUACGCGAGCAAGAUAUUGAAAGGGAUUCUGUUGAGGCACGCGGCGGUUUGUGGAAGAAGAGAAGAUGUGGAUACAAGAGCUUUCGGGAAUGGUCGCCGGCGAUCGAAACCGCCGGCAAAAGGAGCAAUUUCAACGAUUAAAGAUUGCUAAUCAAAAUGUGAAGGGCUAACCAUAUAGCUUUGUGAAUACAUAUGUAAAUUGCUAUUGAUUC